GCGGCGGCGCAGGCGACGGGGAGGCAGCGGCAGCGGCGACACCAUGUCAUCCCCCAGUCCCGGCAAGAGGCGGAUGGACACGGACGUAGUCAAGCUCAUUGAAAGCAAACAUGAGGUUACAAUCCUAGGAGGACUCAAUGAAUUUGUUGUCAAGUUUUAUGGACCACAAGGAACACCAUAUGAAGGCGGGGUGUGGAAAGUUAGAGUGGACCUUCCUGAUAAAUACCCUUUCAAAUCUCCAUCUAUAGGAUUCAUGAAUAAAAUUUUCCAUCCCAACAUUGAUGAAGCGUCAGGAACUGUGUGUCUAGAUGUAAUUAAUCAAACUUGGACAGCUCUCUAUGAUCUUACCAAUAUAUUUGAGUCCUUCCUGCCCCAAUUGCUGGCCUAUCCUAACCCCAUAGAUCCUCUCAAUGGUGAUGCUGCAGCCAUGUACCUCCACCGACCAGAAGAGUACAAGCAGAAAAUUAAAGAGUACAUCCAGAAGUAUGCAACGGAGGAGGCCCUGAAGGAGCAGGAGGAGGGCACUGGCGACAGCUCAUCGGAGAGUUCUAUGUCCGACUUCUCAGAAGAUGAGGCCCAGGACAUGGAGUUGUAGUAGAAAAGGCAUCUGCUUUUCAGAAAGACUAUUAUAUCCUAACCAUGAGAAGCAGACUCUAAUAUUCAUAUUUAAACAAAGCAAUUUUUUUUAUUACUAAACAAGGUUUUUAUGAAUAAUAGCAUUGAUAUAUAUAUAUUAUAUAUCACCCUUUAGAUCUUGAUUUCUUGGUCAUUUCUCAACCUGAGGUGCGUAGCAUAUUCCCACAUUCCAUUUUGGUAGCAGUAUGCGGUCUGAAUGCAUGCAUGCGUAAGUCCAUUUGGCCAAGUCAGCCUGUGCGCUACUGAACUACUGUCAAGAGAUUGCCGCUCUGAGGUAAACAUGAGUUAAUGACAAGUUUGCUUCUUUUAUUGAUGGUUCCAAAGAAACAAACCAAAUUCUACCAGCUCUUGGAUGAAGAUAGAACCGUGCUUUUCCAGAGUGGAAAGGAAAGGGUUGAGACGCGUGCUUUGAGAGCCUGUGAAGCUGCGCUGUCUGUGUCAGCCACUCCAUAGUCCUAAGUGGCCCUUUGUGAGGAGCAGCGUGAGACAGAGUUGAUGAGAAGCGAGACUUAGGGCUUUGGGGUUUUUUUGGCUCAGAUUUAAGUGUGUUUUUCUAGGUAGAUUCCCGCCCUCCCUGCUGCCAGACCUGCAGCCACAUUGGUUUUUUGCCUUGGAGAACAUUUGGGAAGCAUUUUCUGAACCCAUUUCCUUUUGGGGGUGUCCAGUUUGUCAUCCAGCAGAGCAUUUUGAGAGAACAGGACUGAAGGAGAAAGGUGACUGGAAGACGCCGAGUGACAUCUGAUCCAGCGCCGGCCGGCCGGGCCUGUCGGAGACCAUUGCCCUGGACUGAGCUGUGACACUGGAAGCAGUUCUGUUUGGUGUUUUGUUUUUCUUUUUUUUUUUAGCUUUGUGUGAAUUGUACUUAGACAAGUUACAGGUUUAAUUUUCACUACCAAGAGAGUCUCCUCCCUGGACAAGGUGCUCAGUGGACCAUCAAAUGGAGGAAGACUGGCCUUGUUGCUUGAGCCCUGCACAACCCUUGGAACUCCAGCUUAGUUUUCCUCCCAGAAGCUGCCAACUGCUGUGGGAGUGUGGGUAGUGUGGGUAUCCGAGACCCAAAACAUCCUAAAUUUGAAAUGGGUAACAGUUGAAACAAACUGAAGUUUUUGUACCAAAGUGGCUCGAAGUGGGAAGAACCACUUUAGUAAAUUGUCAUGGAGGCAGGUUGAGGGGACACCACUUUCUCCCUCUGCAGUAACAGACAGACAGACAGACAGACAGCUGGAAGUGCCUGGCUGGCUGCUACCGGCCAACUGCCAUCCAGUGUGCCCGGCAGUUUGAGACCUGACUCUGGAGGGAAUUUGGAGACCGUUUAGAGAGCAGCUCUGCUCUGUAUUUUUGCCGAAACCAGAGCAGUAGACGUAGCCAAUGUAAGACCUUCUGAAGACAUUUUGAAUGUCCCACUGGACUAACCUUUCUCUUGAUGUGUGUUUUUAGUUUAGAAGUGCUAUAUUCCACAAGGGUUAAGUCAAUGAGGUUGGAGAACACCUAUCUUUUUUCUUUUUUAAUUCAAAAAGCACAAUCAGUCUUUCCUUUGAAAAUCUAUAAAAGUACAACUUUUAGCAUGAUUAUUUUCCUAAAUAAAAAGACAAAUAAUUUACUUAUUUUACGUUAAUUACGGGCAUGAAGCAAAAGGUUUCUUUGGGGAAAAUGCAGUUCUCUAGUGCUGGGGUUGGUUCACUGCACUGUCCCUGGCACCCUGGCUUGUUGAAAGGUGGCUUUAGCUGUGUGCCAUGUGACCGUUUGCCUGCCACGCUCUGUUGUGGUUAGGGGAGUUUCUGCUCACACUUGCAGCUUGCUGCCCUGCAGAUUAGCCCUUUGCUCAUGCUACAGCCUUCCUGUGGGUGCUACCUUGGGCAGGCUUGAACUGCUGGGUGAUGGUCGUGAGUUCAAACAAUUAAAAAUGUGGGUUUUUUUUCAAUACUAUAUAAAAGUAGUGCUCUGAUUACCUCCUCCUCAAAAAAAAAAUCCAGAUAAUUGCUUUUGAUAUUGUUGGGGAAAAAAUAAAACAGAGCCAACUUUGGGAAACAGGUGUGAGCAGCUACAGCUCUUGACCCUUACCGGGGGCCACUUCGCUCCAAUGAAGAGACAUCAUUCCUUCCCGUGCAGGGCUGACAGUGCAGAGUGUCCAUCCAGACACAUGAUGAAGGUGUCACUGGUUCUGCACUGCAGUUCCCAUGCCUGCCCCCAAGUCACUCCACCCUGGACUUUGUGCACCAGUUCUGGUUCUGUGCAUGGUGCAGCUCUCUGGACCUUGACUCUGUUAGAAAGUGUGUAAGCUCCCUGGCCCUUCCCUGCUCCUAGUUAUUAGAUGACCAUACCCAUAAUUGCAAAGGACCAGAAGGAAAGUCUGACUGUGACUGAGAGGACUCUGGGUCCCCGCAGUAAGCUGGUGGGUUCUGCAGCAGGGCUGCUGUAACACCAAGCCCCUUUGGAGGGGCAGCAGCAAGCCAGGCUGCUCGCUCCUUCCCACCCUUUAUCUACCAUUUUUUGAGGUCCUGUCUUGUGCUUUACUAGUGAAAGCCAUCCUUUGCCCUUGUUGAUGACUUGAGCUCUUGCCAAACACCGACAAGCAGAGUGGCUGCAGCUUGGCAGCCCAAACCUGCCACGUUCCUGUGCCCAGGGAAGCCCAGAACCGGGGCCAGUGGGCUAUGUUCCGUGGUUGCCAACCUAGACCCUGGCAUUUGAAAUUCUUUUUGUCAGCAGUCUCCACCCUCUCACGAGUGCUGAGAGCGUCAACCAGCAUUUCUAUUGAUGAGAGUUACCAGAAGACGCAGCAUCUCUCUCUCUCCAGCACCACUGUUUUUUGGUCCAUUUCAAACGCUGUUCUAAUUGCCAACCGGCUGAUCUAGGCUCCUGAGGAGUUACCCCUUCUCAGAGGAACUGCGCCCUGGAAAGGACUCCCCGAAGUUCUAGUUGGCCUUGACCUGAUACUUGCAUUUUCUAGGCCCCCUUUUGGGGUGGCUAAGAAUCAUGACAGAUCCUCUGCCAGUUUCUAGUCUUGCUGGGUCUGGUUUCUGAGUACUGGCAUUGGAUUUUAAAUGGCAUGUGACCCUUCUAUGUUUUAGUGACUCAGAAAAGUGAAGCCAUUUGCAAAAGUUAGUUUGUUUUGUCAACUUCUAACUGGGUCAUAGCCUUGCUGAGUGAAACCAACUCAUUUCUGAUUGGGCACAAAGAACUGCAUUCUUUGGACUUCUGAAUCCAUGUUCAUCUUCCUCUGGCCACUGAACACCUUGGCCAGCUCUUUAGGAAUUGGAUGGUGUGAUGGCCCUUGGGGAGCCAUGGUGUGCAGCAUUUUGCUCACCUGAGGAGUGGCCAGGGCUCUUGGUUUAGCAAUUACUCGGCUGUGGGUGUGGGAAGAAAUGGCCUUUAAUUACUGAUUGUAUUUGGUACACAUGCGUGAUACUUGAAGAGAAAAGGGACUUACCAGCCCUUAAUUGAAAUCUAAGCUUUUUACUGCUUUCCCCCCCUGGCCCUAUCUCCUCCCUUCCGCCUUCCUUGCAUUGUGAUGAUCUAGUGGGCAUGUCUGUCACCUGGACAAAUGCCUCCUCUGACUAUAACCUCCUUAAUAGUUGUGUAUAAUGAAAACUGUAAACUUUUUUAAAUAAAAUGUGUAUAUACCUUGGCAAA